AUGCCUCAAUAUAUUAUCCCCUCACCUAUAACCACAGGCGACUCAAAGCCGAUAGAACCAAGCAGACACUCUUUCGUCAAGCUACCCGCUGAGAUUCGAAACCGGAUUUUUGGAUAUCUCGUCGAAUACUCGAAGCCGAUCGUAAUCGAACCUGAAGAUGUCUCUCUAGUGAGACACUUCCGUUUUGGCCCAGGAUUUAAAAUGCACAAAAAUCUGUUUCUCGCGUGUGGAACUACCUACCUCGAAGCGGGGUUGUCCUUUUACGCCAACAACACAUUCGUCAUCGAACCAAGCAAUUCGCAUAGUCCACGACAUAUCGAAUACCUUCUACAUAUCUACGAUGAAUGGCACAGGAAGUUAGGGGCUCAUGCAUAUUGGCACCAUAAAUUCUCCAUAGAUCUCUCCAAAUGGAUGGCCUUGGUAGGAUGCCGAGGAUUUGGAGACUACAAACGGCUUCGACCUGAGUCCUUCAACGUCGGACCAUUACUCCAUUUCCUUUGGGACUGUGACCUUGCUGUAGACAUCACCUUCAUCAAUGACGUGUCCGCCAACGGAACAACGUGCAAUACUUCAGCCUUAACGACUGUUAUCCGUUCGCUUCUCGAGGGCCAACUAAUGCUGAAGGCAUCUCAGAGCCAGGUCUGGGCAGUCGCAAUUGACUACGACGGACGUGGCGGCUCAUUCGGCUUGAGAUCGACUAAGAAUGCUUACGAGGGCUCAAAAAUGGUACCUGAUCACCAUCAACAGCACAGCUUCGUUGCUGGGGACGAUGGGCGACGACUUUCUCUAGCACGCCCAAAACCUACCCUGCUUGGCCUGCACCGCCAUGUCCUCUACAAGAUUACUUCGGAAGCGGCCUCUCACCCAAAAUAA